CUGCGGGAUUAUUCGUGAACUUAGGUGCCCCUCGACCCACCGAUGAGAGCUGCAACUGUUUUUACAGCUGAUACACUUCCUUUUUCCACCAGGUUGAACUGGAUUUCCGUGCGGCUGCUGCUGUUGUUGUCCACCCGGGCUCUGCUCCUCUUUGUGGAUGGUGCGUGAUAAUAUCAUCUGGAGAGACCGAGGCCGACAUUUUACCCCGGUCCGGAGGAGCCUUAACUCCGAGGGGACAUCCGAGGACAAGCGAUAAGGCUGGGAGGCUGAGAGCUUCAGGGCUGCGACAUGUGAACAGAGCUCCACCCCUUCACCCUGUCAUCUCUCAACCUUAGAACUCAAGAACUCACUUGAGCUGACGUUGUGACCGUGACCUGCCACCCUACUGCCUCGGGCAUGCCUCAGCCGGGUAUGAAUGGCAUGGAGCCUGCGUUUGGAGAGGCCUACGGGGGACACAGGGGUCUGCUGAGCCCCUAUCCCCUGGCCAUGUCGCCACAAGGGGGCAGAACAGAGUACGACCAGAGCGUACUCCUCAUGCUGGGCUCCCCAGCAUCACCACGGAAACGGCCCUUUGAGUUGCUAAGCGACCUGGUGGAUGAUGGCGGCUUUGGUGAGGACCUGCACCCAGAGCGCUGGGAUGUAUCCGCGCUGGACGAGAUGGCUCGCUACACCAAACUGGGCCUCGGGAUGGGAGGGGAGCUGCUGGCCUGCUCCGAGGAGGCAGUCCUGAUUGGCCGCUGGGGGAGGAGUGGGGAGGAGCAGCAGCAGCAGCUGCAGCAGGAGCAGGAAGAGGAGAGGAGGAAGAGGGACGGACACACCACACCCACUCCUGUCGACCAAGAUGUCCAGGCUGUAAGGAGGGAGGAGGCGGGGCGUAUCUCUGUUUCCACGACAACAGAGAGUGAGCUAUGUGUUGCAGGAAGUGGAGGGCAGGAUGAGAGGUUGUCGAAGGAGCGUACAGUGGAGGUGUAUCAGGUGGAGCAGCAGGAGGAAGAGGAGGCGGCAUUGGCAUCAGCUGCAGGUUUGUCUCUGGAGCACUGCAGCGAGGAGCACAACUACUCCCUCAGCAAGGAGGAGGAGUUAGGGGCCGGGGCCGGACACACCUCGCCAAAAGAGGAGGUGCAAGCUGUGGAGACGCAGCAGGAGGUGCCGGGAAAAGAAGAGUGCCAGGCUAAGACUGAGCAGGAUCUUGAGGAAGAGGAGGAGCAGGAAGAAGAGGAAGAGGGGGAGGAGGAGGAAGAUGAGGAAGAUGAGGAUGAAGGAGAGGAAACUGCAGUGGAGGCUGAGCUCUCCAGUUCCUCGGAGACCGAAUGUGAGGCGGAGGCCGAGCCGGUGAGGCAGUCAGGCGAGCGCCCGUCGAAGCGUCGAUGUUUCUGGGAGUACAGGCGUGCUCGAGAGUCGGUCACAAAGAAGAAACUGGGCGGAGACGUGCACUGGUCUCUGUCCUGGAGCUCGAGCACUCUGCCCAGCACCCUGUACCGCAGAGAGGGCAAAAAAGGACGCCGCAAAGCUCGAAAGACGGACGCCAGCGACUUGACACCGAACCCGCAGAAGCUUCACAACAUCGGUGAGCAGCUGCAGAAGCUCAACGCUGCCAUCGACGGCAUGGGUCCAGUCAACGACCUGCCCGCCAUGGCCCGAGCUCGAUCCCGUAAGGAGAAGAACAAGCUGGCCUCCAGGGCCUGCAGGCUGAAGAAGAAGGCCCAGCAUGAAGCCAACAAGAUCAAGCUGUGGGGGCUCAACCAGGAAUACGAGAACCUGUUGGGAGCUCUGCUGCGCAUCAAGGAGGUGAUUCGACUGCGGGUGGAGAGCAGCGAGGAAGAAGACACGGAUGAGCGAGGGAUGACCCAACGCCUGGAAGACAUCCUCCGAGAGUCCAGCGGACCUUUAGUCGCUGGGCGGACCAAAGACUUUGUGCAGAGGAUUCUGGCAGCCAGCGCGGGGGGUCAGAACCAGCAAACCAGCAAAGACCCCCCGCAGGGAGGUGACGAGGUGGCGGGCUAAACCUCACCAAGUAUCUCCCUACACCUUCUCCUACUUUGUCGUCCGCGCCUGCCCCUCCUCCCUGCACCACCAACAACACAUGAGAGAGCAAGAGCAGGUGGAUAUGUUGGGAAAGAAGAAGAGGGGGAGAAAGAGGAGGACGAAGUAGCCUAAACAACAUGGGAGUAAAUUACCACCCUGCUCCUCCUGCUGGCCCUUCAAACAGCAGAUGAUCUUCACCGCUCUGUCUCUGCAGGCUGCAGCAAAACCACCAACUCCAACAGGCCAGAGCUGCUGCUGCUGCAGCUGCUGCUGCUGACGUCUAUGUAUUCUGUGUUCUGUCUAUGUAUGUGUUUGAGUGUGUGUGAAUGUGUGCGUGUGUGUGUUGGACAUGUAACAUACUGUAUGAGUGUGUAUAGUGUUCCUCUCUCCCUCUGUGUGCUGUAUUCGUAUCCCAGUGUGCCUAUGAAUAGACAUUGCACUGUUUUGUAGUUGGUCGUAGUUGCUGGCAGGGGACCUGUAGUGAGGCGAGGGCGAGGGGGCAUUUGAGGAUAGAGGAAGUGCUAAAAUAAGGAAGUGGGAGGAGCCCAGGCCUGGAAGACAAAGACGCAGUUAUAUGUAUGUGUGUGUUUUUUUUUAUGUAUACUUGGCUGGGCUCCUAUAGAAGCACUGCAUACCAUUCUGAUUGCAUCGACAUCUGAAAUGUCAGUGAGUGUUGUGACAUUUAAAUAUUGACGGAGUCCUGAUGCCAGACCAGCUGUUGAUGGAAACAACAGCCUGUUUGUUGUUGAAAAAAAGUCCCUUGAGCUUUAAUACACUCCCCCUUGCUCGACCCCCUUCCCUUGAACUUUUUUUUACAUCCCUUCAAAAUGUAAGCAAAGUUAAAAAUGAAAGAGAAAACUGCACCUUAAACCAAACUGACCAAAGAUAAAGUGACACUGCUGAACCACUCGGACACCAAAACCUCUCACUCGCUUCAAAUGCUGCCAACCAUUAACAAGUCAUUUUGUUUUGAGGGAAAAGUGACUGAAUAUUUUUUGUUUUUUACCUGCGUGCAUCCUUCAAGGUUGACGUUUGCAGAAUUCCCCUCACAUUAAUGCACUACUGCCCCGAGAGGCCUGAGAGUGGUGUGACAGACAUGGGAUGACUGAUUCGCUCAGUCCUCUAGCUCUGCAGCCUGGUGCUCCUUUCAGCUUAUCUUUAGUGGCUUUAUUUCUACCCACGAAAAAAAAAAAAGGAUGUGUCCUCAAUGCCUUCCCAGAACCCUCUCCUCAACCCCCCUGACCUGAUUAUGUAGCGCACCUUUCUGAAUUGCAAUGACAAAAAAAAAGAGAGAGAAACACCUUUUUUAGGUUUAGAAAGCAAAUAAGUUUGUAUUUUUAAAUGAUUUUUGUUUUUUGAGGCGAUGCCAGCGUCAGUUGUGAGAGUUUGAAAUCUGCCUUUGUUCUUGUGGUCUUUGCCGAAGCUGUAGACCAAUCUGUCCGUGGUCUCUAAAUAAUGGACAUUAAAACAAGUCAAGGACCCGUUGAAUUGCACUGUGGUAAAAAAAAAAGAAAAAAAGAAGAAGCUAAGAAGUACCUUCAAUGGGCUUCAGAUCGUCUGAAAGAGAGAAAAAAAAAAGACUCUUGGCACCUUCGUUUAGAGACAGAUAUUAUUUGAGAGACUUGUUGUGCCCGCCUGGUGGUCUCAGUUUGUCUCUGUUUGGUGCUACUGGUUGUUGAGAAAAUAAAAAGCAAUGCAAACCUGAGCAGAGGCAUCAGGCAGUAACUGCUGACUGGGUUCUGGCCUGUGAGCACGUACUUUUGUAAUAGGCAGUUUGUUUGCAUAAUGACGCCUUUCUGAAGUGCCUGGAGCUUAAAGCCACCGGGACCUGUGUUAUUAUGCCUGAUCUUGAACCCUAUUACAAGUUAAAAUGUAACCCAUGACUACUGCUCCAAGAUUAGCCUCACUUGACUUAACUUAGAGGACAAAAAAGUGCAGGCCUGUAUUAGGUUCUUUCACAAUCUAAGCCAAAAAAGUCAACCAAAAUGUUUUCCUUCAUAUUAAAACCUAUACAUGGAAACAGUAGCUAACACCGGUUUCUGUGAACAUCAUCUCUGGGAAUUAUAGAAGUAGAGGAGCGGCUGUUAGCUAAGCAAUCCCCCUUUUUUUUUGUUUUUCAACCUUGACAAGCUCCCGUCUGGGCUGCGUUCCAAAGCUGCUGCUCUAAAACAUGCUGCUUCCCCUCCUAUGGAAACUCCAUUUCCUGUUUCAAGCAGGCGAGGAUCAGUUAAACUUAAACUCUUCACCUCCUCAAGGUCUCAUUCAUGGUCAUUUCAAAGCUGUGGACACCACUGUUGUAUGGUGGUUUGUCUUGCUCCUGUAUACGUUUCUGUUUCCUUCUGAUUCUGGGAAAUGUUGCUCAUGGUAGUGUGAGCACUGAACUGUAAUGUAAACAAGAAAAGAACUAGUUCAGCUGGAAAGGAUUCAUCUCAGUGUCCUGCUGCUGGAGACAGAUAGUCUGUGGCUAUGUGAGGGAAGAUGCCUGAUGCAGCUGCAAACGUCUUUGUUGUCAAUGAGGCUUUUUAAACAUCACCACAGAAACCUGCUCAGGAUUUCAUGCGAUCGUUUUAUGAUACAGAAAAUCAAAGGUGACCCAAGAUAAGUUCCAUUGGGGCAAGUAGAAGAAAUCCACUUCACACUCUUGCCGCUGAGGAGAAGUGAUUGAUUCCUCCCUCCCUCUGCCCACUUUCUGUCGAGGCUUGGGAAGGCAGCGACGCUGCCAGCAGAGUCACAGGAUCUCCCGCUGGCAGCUGCCUCCUUCUCAUGCCCUUAGACAACAAUAAAGACAAAGAGAGGGAGCAGCUGAAAACAAAUAUACAUACCACUGGACUGUAGAACGAUGUGCAGCAAAGGAUGCACAGUAUUAUUGGCAAUUGGUCCUAUGUUAACAUUUGUGCCCGUAUGAUAAUCUGAUAAACUGAACUUCAAUUUAAACUACGACUAUAGGAGUGUAUAUUCCAAUAAUCCAAUGCUAUUUAUUUCAGAUUUCUGACACAGAAAGUGGUGAUACUCACAAUCAAAAUACAACAUGAAAUUGAUAUGGCAUGCUUAACACAUAGACUAUAUACAAGAAGUUGACAAAGCCACCUGAUCACUGUUUAGAAGCCUUGAAGGUAAAAUAUGCUUUCAGAGUAAAUGUCCUGUACUUUAGCAACAGACUAAAACUAAACGCUUUCCAAGCAGUCCCUCUUCUGACCCUUAUGGCACCGUCUGAGGGACAGAGGAUUGUUAUAACUGAGUUUCGGAUUUAGACAGUCGCCAUAGUGACCAUAUUUGGACAAAAGCAAAAGCAAAGUUUAUAAAGAAUGAAACUAGUUCGAUGUGAAUCAGUUACUCGGAGUAACUUGAAUUCUGAGGAUAAUUCUUGCUAGUAAAAGAAGCACAUUUGAAAAAAAGAAUGGACAUACUUUAAUGACGGGCGACUCAAAGAGUUUCUCAGUGUAACUGGAUGCUCGACAAUGUCUAUCCUAAAUGGGAUCAAAAUUAAAAAUCAUGCUGUAUUAAAAAAAGUCCAAAAUCCAGGAAUUCAGACCAUAAACUCAUUUUAAAACAUUGACAGUGAUUACAAGAGAAGAAUUCUUUUUUUCUAACACAUCUUAUACAGUCAGAAUCAUUUUUGCAACCUGUGGUGUCGCCCCCAGGUGGCAGGUGUAUGACGGUUCUCGGCUCAACUUUAAAACUCGAGAGGCUACCUCCACUUCUUCUGUACAGUCUAUGUUUAAACAUGUAACCUACAUUUGGGUAUGCUGCUUCUUCUUUCUUUAGCAAUUGAAUGCGUACAACUCAAAAAGCAAUUUACUGUACAUUUGCAUCUGCUCUUAUAGGCCUUGACAAAAAGUCUCUGCAUUAAAACUUGCUGAUUUCACUAAAGGAGAGACGUGAUGGGCUCUGCAGUUAGGUGGGAAGAAAUGUAUAUAUCAGAUAAAAUGAGAUGUAAAAUAUGGUCAUAUCAGAUCCUAAGUGGUGCAUCUCUGUGUACAACCCGUCUGUCAUGAGUGAGGAUGAGGAUUUUGGGGUUUUAGAAAGAUUCCACUUUGAAUACACAAGUUUUUUCCUGAUGUUUGCCUCCUUCCUCCAGAGUGGUGUUGUGUAACUUAGAACUCCAUCUGCUGUGUACAUUCAUCUAUAAGCCAAAAACUGAAGAGAAAUCUGUUGUAAUGCAGUGAAUUCCCAACACUGAUCCAAACAACAAACAGGACAUGAUGCCGGAUUUUACGCAACUAGUGAGCUCGUAAAAGGGCUUCUGACAACACUGUAGCAUUAUUUCUCUUUUUUCAAAACAACAACAUGUUGACACUUUUGUAUCAUGGCAUAUCCCUUUAACUGUAAAGCUUUAAUGGGGAGUGGCCACUUUUGGCAAGGCCGCUCGUCUCUGCUCACAUUCCUGACUCAGUUUCCCCGAAAAGUCUCUGUUUAUGCGUACCUUGAAGCAGCAGGGGAGAUAUGAGAGGGGGGAAGCUGAAAUGACCCAAAGAUGUCUCUGCUGAUUGGUCACUCUGUAGCUGUUUCAUGGUGGACUCUACAGCCUGAGUUGACUAAGGGACGACUGAGAUUUAAAGAAAACAGAAAUGAUCUUCUUAGCCAGCUCUGACCUAAUAUGGACGAUGACUUUGCAUCAAGUGUGCAGUUCUUAACCGAAUGACUUCCUCGUUGGGUGUCACCAUCUGACAGAGAAUAUACAGUCCUGAAACAUGUCUCAUGUUCGUACAUCUGGGCUCUUGCAGAGGAAGAGAAAGUCUGGGGACAGAAAGAGAUGGAUUAAACUUAGCUGUUGAGGAAACGGUGACAGCUUGAAACUUUUAGAGCACUUGACAUGAAAUAAACACAGAAGACAUUCAGCUCAACAAGUUGCUUAAAUGUCUGCUGUUAAAUAGAAAUGCAAAUGAAGAAACCUUUUUUUUUUGCCAAAUGAACUCAAAUUAAUAAGCAGCUGGCUGUGGGCUGUGAAUAAUGAUCCCUUUAUUUAGAGGGAGAAUGUCUACAUUUGGUUUUAGCUCUGAUACGGUGUUCAUCAAACAGGGCCCAGUGUUGCCAAUAUCCAAUAAUGCAAUACAAUUAUUUAGUAUCUGAAACAAAAGUUCAACAUUCUCAGAAAAUUGACUUAGGAAAGCAGUCAAUAGGCCUAGCUUAGCAUAAAUACUGACAAUUUGGAGCCAGGCAUUUUUCAAGCGUAACAAAAUCCAACUAUAGCUAAAGUUAGAUAUUUUUUUCAAAUUUAAACUUUGCAAUUCAUUGUAAAAGCACUUUUCCUGACAUCCUGUCAGCAAUAAUUCAAUGAAAUUCUGCAAGUAAAGACCAUUUUUGGGAGGGGUUGUCACAGGCCUUGAGGAAGCCUUAGCUAGCGAUCUUUUUGCAAAAAAAUGGCAGAAAAAGAUAGUUACAGUCAGCGAUGACAACUCUGUGCUGCUGGUCUCCUCAAAGUCUCGUUUGGACUCAUCCUCCACAAAAAAUGAGGUCAAGCUUGUCUACAUAUAUUGGAGGAGUGGGCGUCUUUGGCAUUUCCUUGGAUACGUUCACAAUUUGGCUUACUCCUGCUGAUCUCUCCGAAGCUGCCUACCUAAUCUUUCAGAUGUUUAUAGUUUGAUUUGUUUAAGACAUGACCUUUCUUAAGUGUUCACUGUUUCCCUGGAAACCAAACCGUGAGGUCACUGCUUCAGGACAGAGCAGGCUAGCUGUUUCUUUUUGCUUUCAACAAAGUUUUUUGUCUUUAUGCUAAGCUAAGCUAAACUUCCCCUUGCAUAAGAAUGGUUUACAUAUCUCCGUCUAACUGAUGGGAAUCAGCAAACAGUUUAUGUAAAAAUAUAUAGUAAAAUCCUUUUGAACGUUUUUAGACACUAACUCCAGAUCUACUAAGGCAGAAUGAACACAAGUGUUCUUCUUAAGCAACAAACAAUUUGCAGAAAUUUGCAGAUACAAAAUAAAGAAGUCAGGCUGAAGUUUAACACUUCAUGGACUUUAGAAUAAAAAUUGGGCUGCGAGUGUGUUUUCAACAUGCUUUCUUUAAACUUCACAAAUAGAUGUGAAACGACUUGGAAAGUUUUCUGCUUGAAGAACGUUUACCAAAAAAAGUUGUGAACCAUGUGCUGCACUUUGAAACCUUCAGCAUGGGCUAUUAAGAGAAAAUAGAUGAACUGAUUGUUAUUGGCGUCCUGAUUGGCUUGAGAGGUUUCACAUUUUCAGCUGCCUGAGAUAAAUCCUGCAUCUGUGCCAGAGCUGGCAUGCUCCGCAUAAGACAUUCAAAGUCUAAAAUAGUUGAGUAGGAUGUAUGGAGAAGGGAGGCUGUUGACUCCCCCUCCCUCUCCUCCUUCCACAUGGAGGCGUUGUGGAGCAGCGGGGGUGAAUUGACCCAUCAGUAAGACUACACCGGUGGGACGUUGCUGACCUCCUGGUGGCCGUCCCCGCUCUGCUCCGGUGCUCACAUUGUCAGAGACACUCGGGCGUCUCUGGUUUCAAAGGCGAAGGGCCCGCGGGUUAGUGAAGGCUGGUUGGGGGGUGGGGGGGGGGACAGCACUUAGCCUCGGAAAAGUUUACCCGAAACCUUUUAGUUCUCCUCCUCUGCCUUUCACACUUUGACAGCUGCAAAGGUGAAAGAUGAGGAGGAGGUGGAACAGUAAGGUCUGCGUCUUGAUGCUGCUUUAUCACUAACCUGGAAACCUUCAUCUGGGCCUCUUCCAGAUGGAGAAGGUUUCAUUGAAGACCUGCGGGUCCACAUGAAGUUUGAUCCAUUGUAAAGCUGAGGUGUUGGAUGCUGGCUUGAGCUAGCUCCAGUUUAUACCCCUAAUGUCUUAUAUCUGCAGAGCUAAGCUUCGGUCAUUAUGACACAUAAAUCUCUGGUGAUCUUUCAAAAACGCCCUGAAAAAUACAGUUUCAUUUACCCACGUUUUGCAUGAAUAAACAACUGUAUAACAAAAGGAAAGUUUGGAUAUUCUACAUAAAGAAACCAAAUUAUUUUAAUUUGUAAAAACACAUUUAAAUGGAAAUGUUUUUUAAGGGUCUACUCGUUUUUCCUUCACUGUGACUUCAACGCUCAGUAUUUUAAGUUUUUUUGUUUUUAUAACACCAGAGAUUUUAAUCACUGACGCUUAGAUCUGCAGCUGAAAUGUAAAAUGAUCAAUGAGUGACAUCUGAGAGACACUCGCUGCUUCAACUAAAACAAAGUCAGUCGUUUCUGUCGAUGUCAAUGAGUCGGUUGUGGAUGCGAGCGAGUGAAAAAGGACUCAAACUUGAUGUCAUGAAUACUUUGAUGUUCAACAGAGACAUCCUGUGGUGUCACCACAUCUUGAAUGAUGGGAGCAAAAAAGGAAAAUCCAGAGACUAGAAAACAUUCCACAAUGCCAUGUCAUAUACUGUACAGCAACCCUGAACUUCUCUUCUCCCCAGUUUCCUCCUCCCCCCCUCUCCGUCUGUCUCUCUGUAACCAGUAAUCACAAUACUACAGUAAUACUUCGGACCUGUUAACACAUUAACACAUCUUUAUGUACAACUCCGUCAGUAAGUAACCUUUAAGAAAUAGUUCAAAAAAACGAUACAAAAAAAAAAAUACAAGAAGUGCCGUACAAAUAGAAGCCUAAUAUUUUUGGUUUUGGUUUUGUGUGAGUGUAUUGUACACCUGUAUAAUGUAUAUUUUAAUAUUUAUAUGCAGCUGUUGUAUUAAAGUAUAUUUUUAAAAUAAUAAGAGGCUCUGUUCCUUUUCAGCUUGGAGUGUUUGGGGACAUUUUUUUUCCUGCAGAAGGUAAAACUGAUAAUUGGAGAUUAAAAUAAGAAAAAAAAAAACUUUAAUUGCUAAUUAUUUUCUGCAGCGUUUCAGUGUUAACUGUUAAGCAGUGUGAUUCAUUUAAGGUGUUGCUUUGUUCGCAUCUCGCAACACCUGGUAGGAAUAGAAAACGGAGUGAUGCAUUUCCACUGUGGGAUAACAGUUGGUGCUUGAAUGCUGCACAGCACCCCCUACAGGUCACACACACACACACCAAUACUACUGAAGGGGUGAAGUUGAAGAUAUGUUCUUUAGAAGUUUUGGUGUGAAAUAACAGUUUUGGUUUUACAGGCUGCAAUGACACAGCAGAUUCUGGCAACCUGAGCAGUCAAGAAAUACACUCAAGACCCCCUAUUUAAAGGGCCAGGCACCCAAAUAAAUCUGUUCUAGUGCCAAGAUUUGUAUUUACAGAGUGCUGAAAGAGCAAAAACCAAGUGCUUGACCCCUACAGUGAUGGGAACCGGGGAGCUGAAAGAUCCACUUGCAGGCUCCCUUGAAACACACACAAAGUUAUUCUUAGUUAGUUACCACCUUAGUUACCCUAACAGGGACUUCCUUAAAUCAACUUCAUUAAUGCCACCUUUAUGCAAAGAGGCCACCCAAAGUAGUACACAUAGCAAAACAGAAACACAGAAAGAAAAGACUAUAUACAAUUUUCAAUGACGAAAAAAUUACAUUUCAAUAAUAAAAUGUAAAAAAAUCAAUCGAUAGUGUUCUAUACAAAAUAAUAUAAAAGUAGACCACCCAACAGCUAAGAGGAAUAAAAACAGGCACAUCUCACUGACACUUAACGCAACACAAGAGGAACAUUUCAAACUUGCUGGUAGAGGACUUUAGAGAACUAUCUGAACUCUGAUGUGGAAUGGACUCAUAACUAGAAGCAUUGUGUCGAGUCAAUAAAAUGACACUUAAAUGAUGGUCAUGGGUCGCAAUUUAUUGUCUUCUUGGUGGUAUUCACCUUAAUUUUAGUGUAAUGAUAUCAUGUUUUAAAUGUUACCCAGACAAUGUGUAUAUUUUGAAAAGCAUUGUCUUUUCUGUCUGUACAUUCAAGGGGGAACAUACUUGUGCAUUUAUAAGCAAUGAGUUGGUAUAAGGGUAGAUACAGAGUUUUCUGAAUCUUGGACCAACAGUGCAAAAUAACAAUACUCUAAAGUACUCAGAAACAAACAAGAAACACUAAGUGAUUGUAAGAUAAAGAAGAAAAGAGAAACAUUGUAUCUCUGAUGGGAGUGGUCUCUCCACAAUGAUAAGAUCUCAACCCAGUUCACCACCAUAUGGUACAUAUUGAGCCAACCAUCUCCACCACCACUAACUUCAAAUGAAAAUGUUCUGUCAAAAUAAGCCUUUUUUUCAUCUCUUAAUUGGAGUCCAGAGACUUUAAGAAUGAGUGCCCAGACUUAUUGAAGCACGUGUUGGCCCAACACCUCACUGAGACACUUUACGUUCCUUUCAUUUGUCAACCGGUCUGUAUUUCUGGCUCAAGUAUUUCUCACAUCAUUAAAUUCACAAACCUCAGUGUGCACCGUUUUCUUUGGAGCCCCUUCCUAAGUGGAAAAAUCCCUGUGGUGGCAGAAAUCUGAAGGCAAGGCAGUUUAUAGCAGCUCAGAAAAAUCAUUUCUAGUGUUACUCAGUUAUUCGCACAAAGAGAGACAGAAGCAGCUGUGUGAAAAAGAAAAGUGGAGAAGUUGAGAGAGAAGUUGCUGUCUUUCUCACCUCAACAAAACACCCAGCAUGAAGCGCCGUGUGAAGUGAAUGUGAGUGCUGGAUUGUUGGUUUUGGAAGCUGACAGACGCAGUCCUCUUUAAUCUUGUGAUAGAAAUGUGUGUGUGUGUGUGUGUGUGUGUGUGUGUGUCAGUGUGUGACAAGCUCCUCACUUGAAGUAUACAGAUCAAAUUAGAGAUAAUAAAAAAAUCCCAAAACGUGGGCGGACGAAACCAAAACCAUCUGCAAAUCUUGACAGUUCAGGAUGUAAGAAGAGGAAAAUAUGUUGUUUCAUAAUGAGUGUUGGAUGACUCCUGAACAUAAUCUUUAAUCUAAACCACCAAUAUACUCUGGAAACUAUUUUUUCCUUCUUAAAAUAAUCUCAAGUAUCACAAAAUCUCCAUCAGAAGAUCAUUUUAAAUGUUCCAAAUGUUUUUUUUCUGCAUACUUAAGACCUUCUUAUGUCUGGCCAUGUUUGUGUUAAAACUUAAGUAUAAUCAAAGAUUCCUGUAAAUGGAUGUUGUGGUGAGGUUGUCCUCUCUGAGAUCAAAUCAGUUUUAGACCAUACAUAUUUUCUGUAUUUUAAACUGUAUAUUAGAAGCCUUAAGUUUUUUUUUUUAGCUGGAAGUGAUCAUGUUCGGGUAAGAGGGUGGAGCUGCUUGAGAGAAACAUUUCUUCUUUAUUAACAAAAAUAAAAAUGUAUGUUAUUGUUUAAAACUAAUCUGGCUAUAUGGACACAUUCUAAAUUACAGUUUAGAGUAAAUGAUUAAUAAAAGGUUCUUGGCUAUCAACCCAACAUUUAUUUUCAUCCUCCGUAUUUAUUUGUAAUAUAAAGUCUGUCAAAUCAGA